GCCUGAAUUGCUCACGGUCGCGAUGUGAAGGGAGGGAGCGAGCUGGACUGACUGAUUGUAUGGGGGCGUGACGCAGCAGCUCGCGUUUUGAAGCAAGCAUUUUGAUGCUUCUUCCCCAAGACCGUCUUCCCACAUGGACAACUUCGCGCAACCUUCUCUAUCUCCCACCGAUUUUUUCAACGGCUUGGACAUUGCACAGCAGCCCCUGCAGCCCGGUCCCAGGAGUUACAAGUCGAGGAAGUACCGCCCGUGUGACUUCUGUCGGAGCCGCCAGGUUGCGUGCAAGAUUGACAUCGCACCACCGUGUGCCUUGUGCAGCUCUCACGGGAAGGCCUGCACCUUUGUGGAGAGGCCAAAGAAGAAGAGGAGGCCCAACUCGACCAGCAAUGGAGAAUCCAGUGGGAAUUCGGCACCUCAGCAGUUUGACCAAUCCAUACCCCAAUUAAGUCCUGGAUUCCUCGCCCAGUACAAUCAUGAACAAGCUUUCAAUGGCCUGAACGGCGAUGCUCUCGAUCCCUCCUCCCCAAAUCAGCUUCACCUCGGCCAAGCCCAAGAUGCUUCUCCAAUAUAUAACAUGGAUCCGUGGUUACAAAGUGGUAUUCGAAUACGUCCGUUGGACUCCCAGUCCACCAGGUCUGCACGUUUCAUAGGAGAAACAGGAGAGUCUAAUCCAUACCUCCUCCGCCAUUAUAGAUAUAACGAGAAUGACGAGUGUACCAUCUCCAAGUUGACAUACCGCCGGAUCAAGACUUCAUUGAACCAGAAUGCCUUGCCAGGAGAGAAAGGAGAACCUCCAGUGGUGUUCAUGCUCGCAGAUGAUUCUCUGGCACAAAAAGGAGAACCUCGUGUCGAGGAUGAUGUCCUUGCCAAGGCACGUUCAGACAUUGCUGGAAUGUUCAAUGAGCAAGAAGCUUUGAGGUUGAUUGGUCUCUUCUUUCGAUUUGUAUACCCGGCAUUUCCAAUUCUAAGUAGAAGCGAAAUGUACCCCAAUGGAAGUUUGUCACCCAGUAUUUUACACAUACUACCUAUGUCUUUACUAGCUGCUAUGUAUGCGACGGCGUUGCCCUUUAUGCUUUAUGACGAUUUGUUAGCGACUACCCUUGUUCAUUCACCGCCUCCUGCACAUCAAUUGUUUCGAAUAUCUUGGAUAUCAGUCACCCAAGAAUUACAUACACCCCGACUUGCCACCAUACAGGCUUGUCUGCUCUUGCUGCAACGUGCCCCUACCAAUCGUUAUACAACAGAUACUCCAUGGAAAAACUCGCUUGUUGGCUGGACCGUUAGUCUAGCUCAAACUUUAGGACUUUCGAAAGAGUGUUCCGACUGGACAAGCAUACCUACAUGGGAAAUGACAUUAAGGAAACGUCUUUGGUAUGGCGUAUUCAUUAUGGAUAAAUGGGCAUCUCUGGGAGCAGGAAUGCCUAGCCAUAUCCGAAUUGACGACUUUGACGUCCUUCCCCUCACCGAUGCAGACCUCGAACCACCAACUAUUGAUCCUCAUUCAAAUUCUAUCCCUGGAUUCCUCGAUCCAGAAACGGAUAGCAAUCACUUUCGACUACUGUCCGAGUUGACUAUGAUAUUGAGUGAUAUCAUGGACUCGUAUUACUCUUUACGAGCGACGCAACGAACGUCAAAGGAUUUCACACUCUCGCUUGAAAUUGCUAGACCAUUGAGGUCUCGACUUAAGAUUUGGAACGACUCAUUACCACCAGCACUGGCUUUACGGCAACCUGAACGAGUCGACAGCAGAGGCAUGACCCGUCUUAGUGCCAAUCCAUCACUGUCACUAGCCUACAUCGUUGCUACCAUGACACUAUUCCGUGCUCUGCUACGACCACUAGAGAACCUCACUAGUGUGGAAGAGGAAGACCAUGGUAUCGUUGGCAGUCGCCUUGCUGUUCGAGCAGGUGCAAAAGAAUGUGCCAAAGAAGUUGUCGAGUUUGUAGAAAAUCUAGGAAGAGGCGCCCUUGAUGCAUUUUGGCAUUCCUGGUCAAGAGCAAACUUCGCCAUCGCUUCAUCAUUCCUCAUGCAAUUACUAGUAACAUCCGAAACCGAAGCUGAAUCGGCAGAGAUUAACGAUCUGGUAGCGAGAUGGAGGUGGGCCAUGCGAAUUGGGAGCGGGAGUACUGGGAACGGUCUAAUGAGUUUGGGUUUGCUGAGAUUGGAUGGUCUUUUGUUGGAAAAUGGGACGGUCCAGAAUGGGGCCUGAAAAGUUGGAUUCGGAUGGGCGGCUUUUUGUAUGUUUGUCUCUGGGUAUAUAUUUAGGUCUAUGAUGGUGGUGUUAUGAUACCUCAAUUUGAAGCUUUUCAAUCUUAUUGAGGAUUUUAUGCUUAUUGGUGAUAAAAUUUUGUUGAAUUUCAUUGUGAUCGAGGUCUUGGAGGCGUGUGACUUUCAUCCCUUCUUAGAAAC